CGAUGCAGGGCUUGGUGUUGAGGCUGUCGAGUGGCGGCCCUAGCGCUAGUGGGGGCGGGUGGCGGAGGUUCCAAACGCCGACGGACGCCAGCACGCGGCAGCUCAUGUGCUGAGUGACAGCGCAGCAUCCCCAGCCAGACACUCAGCAAGAAGCCCUUUGGCCGAGCGCACAUCCUUUCGCAGCCUUAUCACAAGUCCAUGGACGGCUCAUAAACCCGCACCGCCGUCCCCGCUCACGCAGCCGACCGCCGGUUCAUGUCUUCCACCGACCAAGCGCCGCACCUCGAUGAAGCUCACGAAAGCGCCCGCGAGCAGAAGCUAGGAGAGAGUCCGGCGCAGGAGGCGAAAGAGACUUCUUUUCUGGCAAAGACAGAGAAAGAAGCGCCUAAUGCGCCCACGAGCGAGGAACCAGUGAAGGAGGGAGAAAGCAACGAUGCGGGGCAGGCACCAGCAUCAGCACCAAAUGCGGGGGUCGUAGGAGAGCCCGACAGGGAGAGAGGGAAGGAGCAGACUGAGGAGGCGAGACCGGAUACAGAGCCUGCGAACGUGUCUACCGGUGUCGCUGAGGGCGAUGCAAAACCGCAGUCAGGCGCCCCGGAAGAGGCGCCCUCCAGCGACAAGCCAGACGAGGCCCCGCGAGCCCCUACACCUCCCCCUGGAUCAGAGAAGGCUGCUGGGAAAGCACCUGUUCGCUCGCCGUCGCCGCCUCCGCCCCCACCGAAAGACGACAAAUACCUGUCUACGAGCAAUGUACCCAGCCGUACCACGUCGCCCAUAUCGCAACCGAACCUCAGCAGGAGAACUUCGGAAGAUGCAGAUGCCGCCGCAUAUGCUGCAAAGCAUGAUGGUGCCGAGGACGCUGUCGACGACUCGCAGUCCGAGAUCCAAAGCAUCAUGGAUCAGUUCGCCGAAGGACACGGGGGACCUGGCGAAGAAGAGAUCAUGUCGCCACGCUUGGAAAUAGCUCAGCCCAUGUUCGAUGCACCCAUAGCGCACCCUCCGCGGCAUUCAAGCUUGGCCUCCAACGAAAAGCCUCUGCCUAUUCCAAACGACAGCCCGUCCCCUGAGCAGGCUCUGAGAUCUCCUCCCCUGCGCACGUCUUCUCUAUAUCGCGUUGGGACCAACACCUCUCUUAAUGAAGUUUCUUCGCCCAGUGCCCAUGCGGCAUCGUUCCAAGCACCCGCGCCUCCGCCUGAUCCUGAGCCAGACCUACCCUUUGACUUUCAUCGAUUCCUCGAGCAGCUGCGACACCGGACCGCUGACCCAGUCGCAAAGUUUUUGCGAUCCUUUCUGCUCGAGUUUGCCAAGAAACAAUGGAUGGUGCAUGAGCAAGUGAAGAUCAUUGGCGACUUUUUGGAGUUCAUUAGCAAGAAGAUGGCACAGUGUGAGGUAUGGCGCACUGUGUCUGACGCCGAGUUCGACAACGCACGAGAAGGCAUGGAAAAGCUUGUCAUGAACAGGCUCUACUCACAGACGUUCUCUCCUGCGAUCCCGCCGCCCGAACCCGUGAACCCUUCUAGGAGUCGAAGGAGACAGGAACCACCAGGUCCCGGCAGGAGAGGACAGCACCAGGAAGACGUCGAACGCGAUCAAGUCCUCGCCCAGAAAGUCCGAAUAUACGGCUGGGUAAGUGAAGAGCAUCUUGACAUACAGCCCGUCGGCGACAAGGGCAAGAAAUUCCUGCAUCUUGCGCAGCAAGAACUGCUGAAGAUCAAGAGCUAUCGAGCACCAAGAGACAAGGUCAUUUGCAUCCUCAACUGCUGCAAGGUGAUAUUCGGCUACUUACGAACGGCCACCAAAGCAGACCAAUCUGCCGACGCAUUCGUGCCACUGCUUAUUUAUACAGUGUUACAUGCGAACCCGGACCAUCUAGUGUCCAAUUUGCAGUAUAUUCUUCGCUUCAGAAACCAAGAUAAACUGGGCGGAGAAGCCGGGUACUAUAUAUCAUCCCUGAUGGGAGCCAUACAGUUCAUCGAAGGCCUCGAUAAAACGUCGCUUACGGUAACGGACGAAGAGUUUGAGAAGAACGUUGAAGCUGCUGUAUCUGCCAUCGCGGAGCGACACAACGCAGAGACCGCCACGCCUGACCCUACCGAGAACCCUCCGCACAUGCGUCCACCCACAACUCCUGGCCACCGGCGGAUGCCCUCGCCGCACUCCUUACAUCUGUCAGAGAAAUCGACGCCAUCUCGACCCGAAGUCACAACGCGGAAUUCACUAGACGCAGAGCAGGCUGGACCUCGACGCUCAACAAGCACCCGCACAAGCAAGAACGAGAGCGACCCACCCGAAGAGGAAAAUGCGGCCGUCGCAGGGCUUCUCCGCACAAUACAACGUCCACUGAGUACUAUUGGCCGCAUAUUUUCCGAUAACGAUACCACGACGUCUUCAUCAGGACCUGCUUCCACUCCCCAGCCAGGGAAUACGCCGCGAUUGACGCCACAGCCUCCCCGAGGCUCCGCAGACCACCCCGCCAACGUUCCGCCAGAGCACUUCAACGAGAAGCAACGGCGGUCCGCAGAGGAAGAACAGUAUCGGCAACGACUCUCUGCUGAAGACGCCGCUGCAAGACAAGCGUCUGCCGAGGCAGAAGAAGCAAGGAGGAUACAACGGCAGGAACAUAGUGUCGUGGUCGAGACGCUUGCUGGCAUGUUCCCGCAGCUGGACCGAGACGUCAUCGACGACGUCGUGCGGAUGAAGGAGGGACGGGUCGGCUUGGCCGUGGAUGCGUGCCUGGCCCUUGCAAAUCCGUAGAACGGUAUAUCGGCCGUGUUUCUUCAUCAAGAGGGGUCUUGCAUGCA